GCACGCUCCCGCACAUGCGCGGACAUUACUGCGGGAGCGAGCACGUAGAGACAACAGCUGUGCCAGUACAACAGAGAGCGGUGCCCGUUACUCUGCCCGGGACUAGAAGGACACUGCGUCCCCUGCACUGGAAGCUCUCUGCUAGCUUAACAUGGCCUCCGUGGACGCGUGCAGUGAUGGAGCCGAGGCCUACGGGACCCCCGAGGCCGCUGAGGGGCGGAGAUGUGGUCGGAGGAAGCGAUCCAAGAUUAUUCCUGUGUGGGAGAACAAGCCCUGUGGUUCCUCUCGUAGCCUUGUUAGGAAAAUAGCAUCUCAUCUGCCACUGAAGCCAUGUACAAGAGCUCACUUUGAGGCUCUUCCUGGUUCUGAUCUGUAUUUUACAGACACACCAAUGGUUCCUACUCUAGCUGACAUUAAAUGGAUUGCCGCAGAUGAUGAUGAAACAUAUGCAAGAGUUAGGAGUGACACACGACCCCUGAAACAUAAAUGGAGGCCAAGUCCUCUUUUAGUAAUGCAAAGAAAUUCAUCUGUCCCCAACCUGAAGAUAAAAGAAGAAAAGAUGUUUUGUUUAAAGAAGCCAGGCAUGUCCUUAAACAGGUCCACAGACUUACAAGAUGAACUAAGUCUCCUCAGAAGCCAGAUUGCUAGAAUAGUUUCUGCAGAUGCAGCUUCUCCUGGUUCUACAGAUUCUUUAACAGCAAAUGUGGACACAAAUGCCUCCUUCCCUGACUUUGCUCCUUCUUUCCAGUCAACGUCAUUUGUAAUCAGUGACAUUACUGAAGAGGAUGAGUUGGAUGUGUCUGAAUACUCCUCUGUUUCUUUAAUGGAAUCUUCCUUCAGCCACCAGAAACAACUAGAAGCCAGCAUGUCUGAUGAUGAAGACUCACUCUGCCUUUCUAAGUCAAACAGUUUUGCAGAUAUGAUGGGCAUAUUGAAGGAUAUCCACAAGAUGAAAGUGAACAGAGAUUGGUCCAAUAGAAACCAGGGUUUACACAAAGAAGAGGAUCCUAUAAAUCUUAUUUCAGAGGUCCUGAGACAAAAGUUUGCACUAGGCGAUCAAGAUGAUAAAAAGAACAUUUAAGUCCAUUAA